AUGGACGCCGCGAAGAAGCACGCCGACGCCGGGCCCGGCGCCAGCUCGCCCGAGAUCGACGCCCGGGACCUGUCACCCGUCGACGACGACCUGGCGUUGCGGGAGAAGCAGCUCGUCAGAAAACUGGACGCGCGCAUCAUUCCCCUUGUGAUGCUCCUCUACCUCCUGAGUUUCCUAGACCGCGUCAACAUCGGCAACGCACGCCUCUACAACCUCGAGUCCGACCUCAACCUCCAAGGAAACCAGUUCCAGGUCGCCGUGUCCAUCCUCUUCGUAACCUACAUCAUCUUCGAGGUCCCCUCCAACCUCGUCCUCAAGCUCUUCACGCCCUCCCGCUGGAUCGCCUUCAUCACCGUCGCCUGGGGCAUCAUAGCCACCCUCACGGGGCUGGUCGACUCCUACGGCGCCCUCAUCGCGUGCCGCCUGCUCCUCGGCGCCGUCGAGGCCGGCCUCUUCCCCGGGCUGAACGUCUACCUCACCUUCUUCUACAGCAAGCACGAGCUCGCGCUGCGCGUGGGCUACCUCUUCGUCAGCGCGGCCAUCGCGGGCGGGCUGGGCGGGCUGCUGGCGUAUGGGAUCGGGCACAUGGAGGGCGUGGCCGGGCUGAGCGGGUGGCGGUGGAUUAUGAUUAUCGAGGGCCUGCCGACGGUUGUGCUUGGUGUUGUGACCUUCUUUUUGCUGCCGAAUGAUGCUGCGAGUGCGAGUUUCCUGAGCGAGGAGGAGAAGAGGCUGAUGGUGGAGAGGCGGGGGCGGGAGUACGGCAACACGAGCAGCGCGCAGGAGUUCAGCCGCGAGGACAUGUGGAAGGCCUUCAAGGACUGGAAGGUCUGGGUGUUUUGCGUGGCGCAGUUUGGCGUGGACACCAUGCUCUACGGCUUUUCUACCUUCCUCCCGACGAUCAUCAACGGCCUCGGCACCUGGACCGUCGCGCAGGUGCAGCUCCUCACGGUGCCGUGCUACGCCCUCGGCGUGGUGGUGUACAUGACCGCGGCCUUCCUGUCGGACCGCAAGCAGCUCCGCGGGCUGUUCUGCGUGGUCUUCGGGAGCGUGAGCGUGAUCGGGUACGCCAUUCUCAUCUCGGACACCUCGUCUGGGGUGCAUUACUUUGGAUGCUUCCUGGUGGCGGCCGGGUUGUACGUCGUCGUCGGACUGCCGCUGGCUUGGCUGCCGAAUAACUCGCCGAGAUAUGGCAAGAGGACGACUGCGAGCGGGAUGCAGCUGACGAUUGGGAACUGUUCUGGGGUGAUGUCGUCUUUCAUCUAUCAAGCGAUCGACAAGCCCAGGUACAUCGGGGGCCACGCGGUGACGCUGAGCAUGGUCGGAAUGGGGACGUGCUUGUACGGCUUCAUGUGGUUCUGGUACUGGAGGGCUAAUAAGCAGCGGGAGGCCGGUCUUGCGGAGGACAAGUAUCGUGAUCUGUCUGAUGACGAGCUUGCGGAGCUUGGAGACGAGAGUCCGCGGUUCAGAUACACCAUUUGA